UCACAAUUUCUUCUUCAACGUCUGUCCCUCUACCGCAAUUACGUUUUUCCAACGUUUUUUCUCACUCCCCUCCAAUGUCUUCACUUACAAGCUACCGGUAUCGUACCAUCUUGCUUGCAAUAGUAGUCUCCCAUGUUAGUGUAUACAACGGUGUCGAUGAUGCUCUGUAGUGCGCUGUUUGCUGGUAGUAGCAGCAGAGCGUUGGCCUUUCAGGCUGCAAAAUUCGGUUUCAAACGGCCCAUGGAGAUCUUACCUCCACAGACUACUAGACUGUUUUCCAAGUCGUUGGAAAAUGAAGUGGAUCCGGGUCAGGUGGAAGGAACCGAUUUACGAAUUGUCAAAUACCCACACCCUUCGUUGAGAGCGGAAAAUGAAGAAAUCCAACCGUCGGAACUCAAAGACGGCAGCAUCGCCCAGCUGGCCAAGGAAAUGUUCCUCUACAUGUACGAAGCCGAAGGCGUGGGAUUGGCAGCACCUCAAGUAGGCGUCAAUAAACGGUUCAUGGUCUACAAUCAAAGUGGAGACAAAACUAGAUGGCUGGAUGAAAUUGUCAUGGUCAAUCCACGCAUUGUCGAGUACAGUGAAGCCAAGGAAACGGAUGAAGAAGGCUGCUUGAGCUUUCCAGACAUGUCAGGCGAUGUCGAAAGGAGUAAAUGGAUCAAGGUAGAAGCACUCAAUCUACGAGGGAAAAAACUCAAACGAAAAUUUACUGGAUGGGAAGCGCGUAUUUUCCAACACGAAUAUGACCACUUGGAUGGAGUAGUCUACAUUGAUAGACUCUCGGAAAAGGGUAAAAAAGAGGUACAACCGGUGCUGGACAAACUCGUGGACGACUUUGGAGAGGGAGGUGUGCUAUGAUGAGAGCACCAAUAAAUAAUUAUAGAUGAAUGAGAGUAGAUAAAACAGGUUGCUGAACUCCUCGAUUGCUUCGGAGAAGCCUUGAUAGUUACAACUUUUAGAACGUUUCUUCAACUGUUUUGUGCUGCCGUCCGACGUGAAACCACCCACAGCAAAGCACGUG